AUGAAAACCCGAGAUUCACCACCUCCAGUUCACGUCCAUGUAACGGAGACAACACCGGUCCAUGUUCACAUGAGAAGGAGCCCCAGCAGAGCUUCACAGGGUUCCUUUGCCAGAUUUAAACCAUCACUAUUGAGAUCAGAAGCACAGCGAGCCUUAAACUUGUUAUUUUGUUUAAAUCAGGCGCAAGAUGCACAGGUGAAAGUCGAUGGAGGGAGGCCGAAGUCCCGGAUCCCUUGGAUUCCUCCAGGAAUCUCUUCUUGCAGAAGAGGCCAGGACUCCCACAAGUCUCAGAUGAACAGAAUGCAGCAUCAACUAGACGGUGGGAGCCGGCAUCAGCGUGAAGCAGGGGAGCUGGACGAAGAGCUGGCUGGAGCAUCUAAAAACCUCUGCGUCCUGCUCAGGGAACAAGAGAACCUUCGUUCUUCAAAGAAGUCGGACUCUGGCGGUCAACACAGAGAUACGGACGUGCUCCUGAGGGCUCUCGUAGAAGCAGAAAUCGACGGUGUUGCUGUAGCCAAUCAGCUGACGGCUCUGAAGGAAACCGUUGACGGCCUUGCCAAGGAAAAACGUCUGUCGAAACUGCAUUCAGCCUCACUGAGACGGCAGCAGGAGUCGUUGCUGGAAAAAAUCGUGAUGUUUGACAACACGAACCACAGCCUGCGAGACCGCCUCAGAGAGUGGAGCGAGUACGAGAGAGAAUCGUUGGUGUGGUCAGCAGAGAAAGAUGUCCUGAAGAAGAGGCUGGCUGACAGUGAAGCAGAAAACAUCAGACUUUUUACCAAACUCACCAACAAAGAGAAAGAAGCCUCCAAGCUCGCUGAGCACCUGGACUUUGAAAAAGACGCCAUGAAGACGACAGAAGAGCUUUCAAGAAUCCUGGAGUCGACCCGCAGCCACCUGGAGUCGCAGCUGACCCGAGCGGACGCUGAAAAGGCCCGUCUGGCUGCUCAGAUCCAGAGGAUGCAGCGGAGUCACGAUCAGAUGCAGGAGGAGCUGCGGGCUCUGAGGCAGCAGAAGGAGGACGAGGAGCAGAAAGAGGAGCAGCAGGUGCUGGUUCUGCUCACGCAGCGAGCCGAACGGGCCGAGGAAUCCUCCAGGCAGCUCUCGGAGAAACUCCAGGAGAAGCAGUCCCAGCUGUCUCAAGCUCUGUCCACCUCCAGCGACUGGUGUCUCCGCCACACUAAAGAAGCAGCUGUUAAAGGGCAUCUGGAGGAGGAGAUCUGCGCUCUCAAACUGAAGAUCGCUGAGCUGAACUCUAAGCUUCAUUCAGCGGAGGAGAAGAGUCGGACGCAGAGGGAGGAGCUCAGAAAUCAGCUGCAUCAUCUCAGCGCCGAGAACGCCGCCACAAAGCUGGAAAACCAAAGACUCAAGAGCGAGUUAAUAUCAUCGGAGGAGAAAUUCAGAGCACUUCACUCUGAAGCUCGUCAACUGAAAUCAUCGAUCAAAAAGUAUGAAAACCUGGUGGAGAAAUACAAGAAGAAGGUUCAGCAGGCUCGUUUGGAAGCAGAGGAGUGCUGCUUGAAGCUGGAGACGACCCAGAAGGAGACGCUGAAGGUGAAGGAGAUGCUGGAGAGAGAGAAGGAGCAGGUGCGUCGGGAGCUGCUGGGCCGACUCGGAGAGCUGGAGACGCUGCCAGACAGACUGAGGAGGACGGAGCAGCAGCUCCGAGACGCCCAGCAGGAGGCUGACAUCCACGAGAGGAGAAACUUGGAGAACAACGCUGCCCUCUCAGAGGUCAGACACAAGGUAGAGCAGCAAGGCGCUCAGCUGGAAACGCUUCAGCAGAGGAAUCUGCUGCUGCAAGAGGAAAACAACGUCCUGAUGGAGAAAAUGAACAUCUUGGAGCGGAAACUGGAGGACGUAAAUAUGGAAAACAGAGAGAUGUCCCAGACUCUCGCCUCGAAGGAAGGAAGUGUCAGCAGCCUUCAGCAGCAGCUGGAAGAGAAGACUCGAGAGUGCAGCGUCCUGUCUCGACAGCUGAAGCAAACUCUGGACGAUGCUCAGAGACAGGUGGACGACAGCAUUCAGAGGGUUUUGGCCAAAGAGAGAACAUCGCAGUCUAAAGCUUUAGAUCUGCAGAGUCAACUGAGCCGAGCCAAAACAGAACUGGGGCAACUACAGCGAAACAAGGACGAGACGGAGCGUCGUUUACAGACUCAGCUGCAGAACAUGAAGGAGAGACUCGAGCAGUCCGAUUCUACAAACCGGAGCCUCCAGAACUACGUUCAGUUCCUCAAAACCUCUUAUGGAAACGUUUUCGGUGACUCUUUGCUCGCAAGUUGAUGUUUUUCUGUUGCCAAAGCA